AACUGUUUAUCAGAUAAUUAAAAGUAUCGUAUAAGUAUGGCAAUAUGAUUGACUUGAUAAUAGUAAUUUAUUUAUUCAAUCAUUUGUUUGUCAAUUAAAGAAACACGCACCUUAUAAUUGACAUACGUUGACUCGCUGACAUUAAUAAAAUAUGUCGAUCAGUUAUUAAAUAAUACAACAUCACGAAAUACCACAUUUUCAAACAGUUUCAGUUUAUAAUUACAACAACCUUACAAUGAAGAUUAUAACUAACCUGUAUUUAAUUACGGCAAUACUGCUAACAUCAAACUUUUUGACACUAUGUGAAGGUGUCAAUGACAUUGAUCAUGAACCAUUAUCUGGUCACUUAGAACAUUUAAAUCACUUGGAAGACUUUCAUGAUAUCAAUCAUUUUGAUAAUACCAAUGUUUUUCAUACAGUUGAAUUAGUUGAAUAUGACGGAGAUUCAAUGACUAAAUAUGCAACAACAACUCAUACAAAUCAAGAGACAAAUAACGAGUUAUUUCCUAACACGAUUCCUAUCAUCCAACAAUCGAAUGUACCAACUACUUUUAAAAAGGUAGUAAAACAGACGCAAACGGUUAUCAAAUCUAAUAAUGAUGGAAAUAAUACCCCAAAAACCGAUUUAUCAAUGACAGAUAUAUACAGUAACAAUAAAUUAAAAGAAAGUGUAAUCGGUACUGUGGAAAACAUUGGUUUGCCAUCAAUACCUUCACAACAAGCUUCUGAUGUACAAAGUAAUAUAAAAAAUAUAAUACACACUACAGUGACAAAAACAACCACAAGUGGAAGUCCGUCAAAUGAAUUGGAUGAAUCUUUUAAUAGAAUACUUAAUUUAAACGCACUACCCUCAAAUAAUAUCAUAUCUACAGUGAGUUCUGCAAACACAAAUUACAAUGAUAGAAGUACAGGUUCAAGUUCCUUACAAUCUAAUUCAAUGGAAGAAAAUAGUAAAAUAAAAACAAUUUCAACAACAGAAGAUAUAACCAACGGAAAUGGUUUUUUAUCUUCAAAUAAUAUUGUAUCAUCAAUGAUGACCCCUUUAGGAUAUAAUGCAGUAACUACUACAACUGUUGAUAGGGACAAUAAUGUAUUUAAUAAAGGAAUCCCAUCCAGGAUACAACAAAUACGUUUUAACAAAUUUAAUAAACUAGGAAAUUCAAUAUCCGAAACUGGAGCUCUGAAGAAUUCAGGCUCAUUUGUACAAACCAAAACAACAACAAUAAAAAAUGAAAGAGCAGCCGAUGAAAUUAAACUUGAUGAUUUAAAUGAUAAGAAAAUAGAUUACAAUAUUGACAACGGAAUGUCUACUUCAAAUAAUAUCGAAAAUUCAAAUUAUAUCAUAUCUUCAGAUAAUAAUGGUAAUGAUAAAAGCAGUAGUUAUAGUUAUGGUUAUGGUUAUGGCAUGGAUAGUGGUAAUAAUAAUAAUAUUGGUAAUUAUAAUUUAAUUUCUUCCAACCAUUUAAUGGAUGGAGCUUCAUCGGGGGGUUAUUCUUCAUAUAUAAUGUCUAAUGGGUAUAGUAAAGGAAUUGGUAGGGGAAGAAAAAGAAAGAAAAGUGGUAGUAAGAAAACAUAUAAAGGAGGCAGAUCUAAAAAUAUAUCAUAUGAAAAAAGUAAAGGAAAUAGGCAAAUAAGAGUUAAAAAUGGUCGUAAUUAUGAAAAUACAAGAUCAUCAAAAAAUAGAAGUGGAGGAAAUUCUCAAUAUUAUUCAUUAACUAAUUAUGUAAGAGGAGGCCAUAGUAAGUCUCUUUCAUCUUCAGCUAGUUCUUCAGAUGAGUCAUCUAUGAAAAAAAAGAUGUCGUGUCAUUGUAAUAAGGUACGAAAAUUAAAUAAAAGAGAUAGCAGUGAAAGUAAUGGGAGUUCAAAAGAACAUCAUGGACCAGGGAAUCAUGAUUUAGGUAUUUCUAUGGAGAAUCAACCAAUGCAAAAUAACGGCGACUUCGUUGCCAGAUUUCCACCUCCACUACCUCUAUCAAUGGAACGUGAACCUCAACCAAAUUUAUUAUUUGACAUGAUGCAAGAGCAGGGACCAGACCAAUCAUUAAAUUACAUUCAAUCAGAUAUAGCAACAGUUUUGAAUAGACAAGGGGAGAUGGAAAGUCAACUGAUUAACGAUCAUCAAUUACCCAGUACUGAUAUAUCAAAUAAAUAUUUAACAUACCAAAUAUUAAAUAUGGGUACACUAUAUAAGGCAGAUUCUCAACAAGAACAAUAUUUCGGAUCACCUAGAAUUGGUCCAGGCCCAGGACCACACUCAGGUCAUGGCCCAGGUCCACGCCCAGGUCAUGGUCACGGUCAUAUUCACGGUCACGGUCACGGUCAUGGUCCACGUCAUGAUCCAGGUCAUGGCCCAGGUCCACAUUCAGGUCAUUUCCCAGGUCAUGGUCCAGGUCCACAUCCAGGUCCACACCCAGGUCAUGGUCCGGGUCCACGCCCAGGUCAUGGUCCAGGUCCACAAGCAUUUACGGAUAUUCAGUCCGGACAAGAGGACCAGAUAAACAUUAACACUGACUUACCUCAGAUACAACAAGACAUUGAAGGUACUGGGCUUAAUCGAAUGAUUUGGGUGCAUGUUUUCAAAAAUCAAGUUUUAGAAUUGUGAGUUUUAGAAUUACAAAAUUUAGUAAAUCUUUAUUUUAGAAUAUGUUACUUUUAGAAAAUCUGUGUUUUAGAAAAAUAUUAAAUGAUGUUUUAGGAAAUAAAAGAAAUUAAUACAGAGUUUUUAAAUAAAAUACUGUCUUUUUUUGUAAUAGAAUUUACGAUACAGAGUGUAGAAAUUAUGAUACUUUUCCAAAGCUGUAAUUAGUUUAUGUUUGAUCGGGAAGACGGGAAAUGUCAAAAUACAUGAUAUUUAUAAAUAUAAUGCUUUGUUACUCGAUAA